CGAACAUUGCUAGUUGUUUACUGGUAAUAUUGUGAUUGUGAUAUACUGUUCUAAUUUCCUUCUAAUUAUGUCGGAAAAUGCGAAUUUACGGCAAAAUUUGCAAAAUGUGCCAUCGAUUUUCGAAAUAAGAGCGGCUGAAACAUUGGACUCACUUAUCUACCCAGCACUGAGUAAAAUAAUUAACUACCUUUAUUUUCGAUUGGACUUCAAACUUUUGGGUGCAUACAGACUAAGUGAAGAAGUUUCUUCUGUUUUAACCUUGGCCUUACAGUACUUAUAUAUGCGAAAUCGGGGCUCGUCAUUUGGAGAGAGUUUCUACGGUUUACAACGCAUAUCUUUAGAAUCGGAUAAACUUGUCACGCAUCGACUGCAAGUGAUAUCUGCCGGUAUUGUCACAUUUUUGCCUUACUUGGAACGAAAGCUUAAAGCACGCAGUGCACAGCAUGAUACAUUUAUUUGGCAGCGACAGCUACUGACAAUUUUAAAUAUAUAUCAUGCGUCCAAAGCGGUACAUACAUUCCUGUAUCUUAUAAAAUACGCUUCCAGCCACUCGUCAAUUUUCCGAGCUCUAAGUUUGACCUUGCGAUACCCUAUUGAACCGCCGAAUGAUAGGACAACUUACAUCUUUCUUAAAAUUCUGGAGGUGUUGGUAUUUUUUCUGCAAUUCAUUCAUUGGUGGUAUUCUAACGAUCAUCGUCAUCAAAUGGGUGUAUCAUUAAAAAAUCCAAACCCUCUCAAGAGUUCUAUCGAUAAGAGGGAAAAAUACCGCAAAGGCAAUUGUCCCGUAUGUCUUACGAAAAUAACAACUCCAACUGCAUGUAGCGUUUCGGGAUAUGUAUACUGUUGGAAAUGUAUAAUUUCGCAUUUGAAAAGCCGUAUGACCUGUCCAGUUACUGGUUAUCAAAUCACCCCUGAAGAUUUAAUAACAAUAUACGAAACAUAAAUAUUACUCGCAAAUCGGAUUUCUUCAGGAGACACGUUUAUAGCUGAAACACAAUGCCGGCGCCCGACGAACUCACCACAGCGAAAUUCGCACUGUCAAAAUUAGAACACUUGCAAGCAUAUAUGUACAUUCGUGGUCAGCUGAUUAAGUCAAGUGGCAUUUUGACUAGUUUUGGCUAUUUUUCUAAUGUUUAUUUAAUGGUUAUAUUUUUACCUGGCUUUUAUUAGCUUGGGGUUAAGGCAUCCAAUCCCGGACCAUUUUGUGAAUCCCGGGCUUGCGGGAUCUUAGAUUGGUAAUCCCGGGAUCCCGGAAUAUUUCGGGAUAUUAUUACCAUUAAGCUCGGAACACUUUGACGACUGCAACUUCACGACGUAACGACAGCGACAUCAUUUUGUCGACAAAUGUCGCCUUGAAGCCAGCUUCUUAAACAUUUUGAAGACCUCAGCGACAUAGCAAAUAGCUGAUUUUAAAGUUUUACAUUUUGGUAUAUUUAUUUCACAAAUUGUGUAUUUUUAUUUAAGUAAAUAAGAACACCAUGAACAAUCAAGAAUAUGUGAUUAAUUUUGCGACAAUUUAAUUUUGCAGCACUACAUCUACUCAUUGUCGCCGGCAAAAUUAGAAAUAGAUUUAAUUUGGCGACGUCGACAAUUGCAGUCCUGCAGCCAAGAUGUCGUGCUGUCGUCAAAAUAAUUGUGUCCGUAAGAACGUGUGUAUUUAAAAUUUGACAGAUGCUGCUUGUCGCUUGCUGUCGUCAAAGUGUUCCGAGCUUUAAUUAUAAUAUGCUAACAAACUAGUUUUGUAGUCUUGCUUUAAUGCGAAUAAAAUAAAAAUAAAUUUGUGGUUUUAAGCAAAGAAA